UUGGGGUUAUUUAUUUGGGGAGCUCCUGGACGGCGGAGGUUGGCGGCGGGGGACGACGGGGGCUGCCGCACACGGUGGCUUAAGCAGGCGGUGGAGGCGGCGAGUGAUGGGAGCGCCGAGGCUCCCGGGCGCAGGCCGGAGCUGCCGAGCUUUCCGGGCGCGGCGAGAGUGCUGAGCAGAAAGGGGAGCGUCCCGGGGGUCUGCAGCCCGCUCCAGAGGCGCGGGCCGGGAUUCUGCUUGGCUGCCCCCCUCCAACCCCCACUGCCAGGCGUCCGGAGCGGACAACUCCAGUUACAGCCACAGCCCACCUCCCCGCAGCCCGGCGAGACUCAGGCUGCCGCGUCCGUCCUAUUGUUCAGACACUUGCCAGGGACUCCGGAGCCGCUGAGCCACCGAGUGCCCGCUCCCGGUCGCCGCCUUCCCUCUCCCUCACCUCCCUCCCCCGAGGACGAGGCCCGGAAAGCAGCGAGGGCAGUCGGGAGAGGGGAAGGGGCUGCGGAAGCACGGGCUGCGGAACUGCGGCCGGCGAGUCAGGUGCGGCAGUCGGAGCCGGGAGGCGUCGCGACGAAGGCGGGCGGACGGACUCCUGCCCUGGCUGUGGGGGACGCGAUUCAAAACCUGGGAAAAGUUCCUGCACUUGGAGAAGGAGGAUCUACUGGUGGGCGGGUGUUGAGCUGCUGCGUCCGCCGGGAGCCGCCCGUCGUCUUUUCCACCUUGGCCAUCAGGUGUCUGCCUUGGAGCUGCGGCGUAGCCUGGAGACCACAGGAGCUGCCACACGCGCGCACUCACCGCCGCCGCUGAGCUGUCUCCCGGGCUCUCCACGGAGUCCCGGAUCCCGCUCGCCCGCCGCCCCCCUAAGCCAUCCUCCGAGACACCUCAGCAGGAGCCGGGUCGCGGACACUUCCACCUUGGUCUUUGCCUUUUGGUUUCUAUCGGCCUGCCGGGAGGCAAGUCCCGCUCCAGCCAGUCCCCACUAGAUCUUAGCGGGAGCUUUCGUCCUCAACUUGGCCUCUUGGAUUUCCCCUGCUGGGGGUGCCGACCGGUGGAUAUUUCUGCCCCGCUGCAGCGAUCGACUGCCCUUUUGUCUUUUUCUGCGUGACCUCGGGGCAGGCCCUGGUGCAGAGCGUCGCCAAGGACGCCGGGCGGGAGGCGGGAUUGCUGAGACACCCUUCGGCGAAGUGCAUGUGCAUUUGCACCCGGUCCUCGGCUGUCGGGAGACCGCGAGGACGGCUCCGGGCUGCGGCGGAGCCGCGGGCGGGGGAGAGGCCCUGUGAGUGUGUGCCCGCCUGCGCCCCCCGGGCUGCGCGUCCGCUCAGUGCGCCCCGGCGCGCCAUGCCCAGUCGCCCGGCGCGCUUCGCUCCGGGCCCACAGGGCUUCGGCGCCUUCUAGCUUCAGGGAGCCCACUUUGACCGUGGCCACCAUUUCUACUGAGCUCAGCUCCUCUGCCUUGUAUCCUCCCAAGUGGAAUUGGAUUUUGCGGAGGGCUGCGUGGGAUCAGAGCACUCUCCGCCCCCCACCUUCCCCUGUGCCACUGGCCCCUGCCUUUGCCCAGACGGUGGAAGCCCUGACGCUCUUGUCGACAACUUGAUCUACCUUAGGAGACGAAAGACGCGUGCUCACCCUUGCGCUGCCCUCGGGGUCUCUUUGCAGCUUUGGCCAAGGACCCCUUCUGAUGAUCAGGACGUGAAGUUGCUUCAGGAGCGCCUGCCCUGCUAGAGGAGGGUGGUGGGAGGCGUGUGCCUCCUUCGGCUCUACCGCCCUGAGUAUUCUUACUGCUCCGUAUUAUUUUGCGCACAUUUUCCUGGGCACUUUGGGUUGCUAGUCCCUGCCCUGGGCGCUGGGCCUCCGACCGCGCGCGGAUCCCUCUUUGGAGCAGCGAGCUACAGAGAACCCCCUGGCGUCGGCUGGCGAGGAGGCGGCGGGGGGAAGAUGCGCGCCGUUGGCUGGCAGACGCUGCCCCUGUCGCUGGGGUUCGUGCUGGCGAUCCUGAGCGGCGUGGCGCCACAGGCGUGCCCCGCACAGUGCUCCUGCUCCGGCAGCACGGUGGACUGUCACGGGCUGGCGCUGCGCAGCGUACCCAGGAACAUCCCCCGCAACACCGAGCGACUGGAUUUGAACGGAAAUAACAUCACACGGAUCACGAAGACAGACUUUGCUGGUCUUAGACACCUAAGAGUUCUGCAGCUUAUGGAGAAUAAGAUUAGCAGCAUUGAGAGAGGGGCGUUCCAGGAUCUUAAAGAACUGGAAAGACUGCGUUUAAACAGAAACCACCUUCAGCUGUUUCCUGAGCUGCUGUUUCUUGGGACUUCGAAGCUAUAUAGGCUUGAUCUCAGUGAAAAUCAGAUUCAGGCAAUUCCCAGGAAGGCUUUCCGUGGAGCAGUUGACAUCAAAAACUUGCAGCUGGAUUACAACCAGAUCAGCUGCAUUGAAGAUGGGGCAUUUAGGGCUCUCCGCGACCUGGAAGUGCUCACUCUCAACAAUAACAACAUUACUAGACUUUCUGUGGCAAGUUUCAACCAUAUGCCCAAACUUAGGACUUUUCGACUCCAUUCAAACAACCUGUAUUGUGACUGCCAUCUGGCCUGGCUGUCUGACUGGCUUCGCCAAAGACCUCGAGUGGGCUUGUACACCCAGUGCAUGGGCCCUUCUCACCUGAGAGGCCAUAACGUAGCUGAGGUUCAAAAACGAGAAUUUGUCUGCAGUGAUGAGGAAGAAGGUCACCAGUCAUUUAUGGCUCCUUCUUGUAGCGUGUUGCACUGCCCUGCUGCCUGCACCUGUAGCAACAAUAUAGUUGACUGUCGUGGCAAAGGGCUCACUGAGAUCCCCACCAACCUGCCAGAGACCAUCACGGAAAUACGUUUGGAACAGAAUUCAAUCAAGGUCAUCCCUCCUGGAGCUUUCUCACCAUACAAAAAACUUCGCAGAAUUGACCUGAGCAAUAAUCAGAUCUCUGAACUUGCGCCAGAUGCUUUCCAAGGACUCCGGUCUCUGAAUUCACUUGUCCUGUAUGGAAAUAAAAUUACAGAACUCCCAAAAGGUUUAUUUGAAGGACUAUUUUCCUUACAGCUACUAUUAUUGAAUGCCAACAAGAUAAACUGCCUUCGGGUAGAUGCUUUUCAGGAUCUCCACAACUUGAACCUUCUCUCCUUGUAUGACAACAAGCUUCAGACCAUCGCCAAGGGGACCUUUUCUCCUCUCCGGGCCAUUCAAACUAUGCAUUUGGCCCAGAACCCCUUCAUUUGUGACUGCCAUCUGAAGUGGCUGGCGGAUUAUCUCCAUACCAACCCGAUUGAGACCAGUGGUGCCCGCUGCACCAGCCCCCGCCGUCUGGCGAACAAAAGAAUCGGACAGAUCAAAAGCAAGAAAUUCCGUUGUUCAGGUACAGAAGAUUACCGGUCAAAACUAAGUGGAGACUGCUUUGCAGACUUGGCCUGCCCUGAAAAGUGCCGCUGUGAAGGGACCACAGUAGACUGCUCCAAUCAAAAACUCAACAAAAUCCCAGAGCACAUUCCCCAGUACACUGCAGAACUGCGUCUCAAUAAUAAUGAAUUCACAGUUUUGGAAGCUACAGGAAUCUUUAAAAAACUUCCUCAGUUACGGAAAAUCAACUUCAGCAACAAUAAGAUCACAGAUAUCGAGGAGGGAGCCUUUGAAGGGGCAUCUGGUGUCAAUGAAAUGCUUCUCACCAGUAACCGUCUGGAAAACGUGCAUCACAAGAUGUUCAAGGGGCUGGAAAGCCUCAAAACACUGAUGCUGAGAAGUAACCGAAUAAGCUGUGUUGGAAAUGACAGUUUUAUAGGACUCGGUUCUGUGCGUUUGCUUUCUUUAUAUGAUAAUCAAAUCACUACAAUUGCACCAGGGGCAUUUGAUACCCUCCAUUCUUUAUCAACUCUAAACCUCUUGGCCAAUCCUUUUAACUGUAACUGCUACCUGGCGUGGCUGGGAGAGUGGCUCCGGAGAAAAAGGAUCGUCACAGGGAACCCUCGCUGCCAAAAACCGUACUUCCUCAAAGAGAUCCCCAUCCAGGACGUGGCCAUUCAGGACUUCACGUGUGAUGAUGGAAAUGAUGAUAACAGUUGUUCCCCGCUUUAUCGCUGUCCUACUGAGUGCACCUGCCUGGAUACCGUAGUUCGAUGUAGCAACAAGGGCUUGAAGAUCCUGCCGAAAGGCAUCCCGAGAGAUGUCACAGAGUUGUAUCUGGAUGGAAAUCAAUUUACAUUGGUUCCCAAGGAACUCUCUAACUACAAACAUUUAACACUUAUAGAUUUAAGUAACAACAGAAUAAGCACCCUUUCCAAUCAGAGCUUCAGCAACAUGAGCCAGCUCCUGACCCUAAUUCUUAGUUACAACCGCCUGCGAUGUAUUCCCUCUCGAACCUUCGAUGGCCUGAAGUCUCUCCGGCUGCUUUCUCUACAUGGGAAUGACAUUUCUGCUGUGCCUGAAGGUGCCUUCAACGAUCUUUCUGCAUUAUCACACCUAGCGAUUGGAGCCAACCCUCUUUACUGUGAUUGUAACAUGCAGUGGUUGUCCGACUGGGUCAAGUCGGAAUAUAAGGAGCCCGGGAUUGCUCGCUGCGCUGGUCCUGGAGAAAUGGCAGAUAAGCUGCUCCUCACAACGCCCUCCAAAAAAUUUACAUGCCAAGGUCCUGUUGAUGUCAAUAUUCUCGCUAAAUGUAAUCCCUGCCUGUCAAACCCAUGUAAAAAUGAUGGCACCUGCAAUAAUGACCCUGUUGACUUUUAUCGAUGCACCUGUCCCUAUGGAUUCAAGGGCCAAGACUGUGAUAUUCCCAUUCAUGCCUGCAUCAGCAACCCGUGUAAGCAUGGAGGCACCUGCCACUUAAAAGAAGGAGAGAAAGAUGGAUUCUGGUGUAUUUGUGCUGAUGGAUUUGAAGGGGAAAACUGUGAAAUCAAUAUUGAUGACUGUGAAGAUAAUGACUGUGAAAAUAAUUCUACGUGUGUUGAUGGGAUUAAUAACUACACCUGCCUUUGCCCACCUGAGUACACAGGCGAACUGUGUGAGGAAAAGCUCGACUUCUGUGCCCAAGACCUCAACCCAUGCCAGCACAACUCGAAGUGCAUCCUGACGCCAAAGGGCUACAAGUGUGACUGCACUCCGGGGUACAUAGGCGAACACUGCGAUAUCGACUUUGACGACUGCCAAGAAAACAAGUGCAAAAAUGGUGCUCACUGCACAGAUGCAGUGAAUGGCUACACGUGCACCUGCCCUGAAGGAUACAGUGGCUUGUUCUGCGAGUUCUCUCCGCCCAUGGUCCUCCCUCGUACCAGCCCUUGCGAUAAUUUUGAUUGUCAGAAUGGAGCUCAGUGCAUUGUCAGGAUAAACGAGCCAAUAUGUCAGUGUUUGCCGGGUUACCAGGGAGAGAAAUGUGAAAAAUUGGUCAGUGUGAAUUUUGUAAACAAAGAGUCAUACCUUCAGAUCCCUUCAGCCAAGGUUCGGCCUCAGACAAACAUCACACUUCAGAUUGCCACAGAUGAGGACAGUGGCAUCCUGUUGUACAAAGGUGACAAGGACCACAUCGCCGUUGAGCUCUACCGGGGGCGUGUCCGUGCCAGCUACGACACCGGCUCUCACCCGGCUUCUGCCAUUUACAGUGUGGAGACGAUCAACGAUGGGAACUUCCACAUCGUGGAGCUGCUUGCCCUGGAUCAGAGUCUCUCCCUCUCCGUGGAUGGGGGCAGCCCCAAAGUCAUCACCAACCUGUCAAAGCAGUCCACUCUGAAUUUUGACUCCCCACUCUACGUAGGAGGAAUACCCGGGAAAAGCAAUGUGGCAUCCCUGCGCCAGGCCCCUGGCCAGAAUGGGACCAGCUUCCACGGCUGCAUCCGGAACCUUUACAUCAACAGUGAACUGCAGGACUUCCGAAAAGUGCCCAUGCAAACAGGCAUCCUGCCCGGCUGUGAGCCAUGCCACAAGAAGGUGUGUGCCCAUGGCGUGUGCCGGCCCAGCAGUCACUCUGGCUUCACCUGCGAGUGUGAGGAAGGAUGGAUGGGACCCCUCUGUGACCAGCAGACCAAUGAUCCUUGUAUUAGAAACAAAUGUGUGCAUGGUACCUGCUUGCCCAUCAAUGCGUUCUCCUAUAGUUGCAAAUGCCUGGAGGGCCACGGAGGUGUCCUCUGUGAUGAGGAAGAAGAUCUUUUUAACCCAUGCCAGGCCAUCAAAUGUAAGCACGGGAAGUGCAGGCUCUCCGGACUCGGCCAGCCCUACUGUGAAUGCAGCAGCGGCUAUACUGGCGACAGCUGCGAUCGAGAAAUCUCCUGUCGAGGGGAGCGUGUGCGGGAUUACUACCAGAGACAGCGGGGCUACGCGGCCUGCCAGACGACCAAGAAGGUGUCACGUCUGGAGUGCAAGGGCGGCUGCGCUGGGGGACAGUGCUGCGCGCCCCUGCGGAGCAAGAGGAGGAAAUACUCUUUCGAAUGCACGGACGGCUCCUCCUUUGUGGAAGAGCUGGAGAAGGUGGUCAAGUGCGGCUGCGCGAGGUGUGCGUCCUAAUGGCACCCGGGCGGCUUUGCCUCCGGCAAAGGUUGUAUACUUUUUUGGCCAUGUUGGACUCACUCAUGCCUCAUAGUGGAAAUAUUUGAAAUAUAUUGUAAGAUACAAAACAGACUUAUUUUUAUUAUGAGAAUAAAGACCUUUUUUUUCCUGCCUUUGAAAAAAAAAAAAAACACAAUAUAAGACGUACUUGAACUAAAGCUUCCCCUGUGCUGGAGAAGUGUGAAGAAA